AUGGCUUCAAAUCGUAUUCAUUGUGAAGUAAUUGCAUGCAAUUUGAACGAACCAACAGCAAUACAACUUGAUGAAGGACAUCAUGUUCUUUAUGCACUAACGAAUUAUCAAUUAACUCGAAUUGAUCUAAAUAAUAAAAAAGAUAAUUUAGAGAUUGUUCGUCAACAUAAUAGAAAAUUUCAAAAAGACAACAUCAAUGGUGAUGAUAAUGAUGAUGACGAGUAUUCUCAAGGUGAGUCUGAUGAUGAACAUGAAAUGCCUCGUGUAUCGGAUCCAUUUGAUGAUAGUGAACCAUCAACAGAUGAUGAUGAUGAGAAAAUAAUGAAUCGAAGAAAUUGGCGUAGAUAUGGUUGGAGAACUUAUCAAUUAAAUAAUCCCUGUUCAAUAUUAUUCUUGUCAGAAAAUAAUCAAUUAGUUGUUUUGAACGAAGGUGUUAUUACAUUUUUGACAAUCGAACUGCAUGAUAAUCGUCCAUUUGUUCAAGGAGCAUCAAAAAAUAUUUUUUGUUAUGAUUUUGAUGUGUUCAAUAAUAAUUCGAAAAAACAAUCUAUUCAACCAUGGUCUAUUUCACCAACAUCAAAGCCUGCUUUUUUUGUCUUUAGUCUACUUGAAGAUUCACAACUUUAUUCACUUGAUAUGCAAAAUGAAACUACUAUAAUAGAAAAAUUCACUACAACAUCUGUUAAAUAUUGUCCAUACUUAGUUUUUCAUUCGCAGACAAACAAAAUAUUUGUUUACGACUCAACUCAAAUUUUAGCUAUAUCAAUUGAUGAUAAAAGCACGAUGAAAGUUAAUUUUCCAUUUAUUGAAGAAGGAAAAUCAAUAUCGACUAUGGCUAUUGAUAGAACUGGAUAUAUUUACAUAUUGUCGAAUUCAACUAUUUUCAAAUGUAUUUGGCAAUCGGAACUUCAUUUCGUUGAAUGUCUUGGAAAACUUGAUGUCUUAAUAAGCUGUCCUCAAAUGAUUGUAACAAAUCAAGGAAAUGAAUUCUAUUUCUCUGAUAUGGAAGCUGCUUAUAUUUAUCGAUCGAGCAAAUAA